AUGAGACAAAAAGAUGACCAGCCAUUUGCUGAGAUGUUAAACAGAUUUCGUACUGCUACCCAAACUGAGGAAGAUAUUAAAUGCAUUCAGUCAAGAUCAGUAGACCCAACAGAUGAGAACUAUCCUUCAGAUGCUAUUCAUAUAUUUGCUGAAAACAGGCCUGUCAAUGAGCACAACAACAAUAAACUAGAGCAAUUACCUGGAACAGUAUUUCAACUUGGAGCAAUAGACCAGUAUCCUAAGAAUGUUUCUCAAACUGACAUUGAUAGAAUUUUAUCAAAAGGAAGAUCUGAAACAGGUGGACUAGACUAUGAUAUCUUUGUCAAAGUAGGUGCUAAGGUAAUGCUGACAAACAACAUUGACAUUACAGAUAGMCUGAUUAAUGGCCAAAUAGGCACUGUCAUUAAAAUUGAUGUUAACCAAAAUACACAUAAACCAACUAUCAUUUACAUCAAGUUUGAGGAUGACAAAGCUGGCAAAAAUAUGUGGACAGAAGAAAUGAUUAUAAGCACGUUUUAUAGAAUAUUCUAG